AUAUUCAACAUGACAUUUCUCAACAGUGCCCCAACACAGAUAGAUAGUAGCUCACUGCAAGGAGCUUUCACUGCUUCUUCCAAGAGACACCUCUGAACACUACUUCCAGAGGAACACAAUGUCUCGCCUCUACCUGUGUUUGCUUCUUGCUGGGCUCUGUGCUUUUGCCCAAUGUCACCAUACCCCUGACCACAAAGAGAACCAUGGCCAUGGCCAUUCUCCUCCUGCUGAAGGUGAAAGAGGUCUGCGCUCUUUGAAGAUAGCCCCAGGAAAUGCUGACUUCGCCUUUCGAUUCUACCACCAUGUUGCUUCGGAGACCGCUGAGAAGAACAUUUUCUUUUCCCCUCUGAGCAUUUCCACUGCCUUGGCCAUGGUGUCACUGGGAGCUAGAACAACCACGUUGAGUCAGCUUAUGUCAGGACUUGGCUUCUUAGAUAUUACCGAAGAGGAAACAUAUGAGGUUUUCCAUGAUCUCUUCCGUUUACUGAACCGCCCCAAUGCUGAACUCCACCUGGACAUUGGGAACGCCCUAUUCACAGCUGACCAAGUGAAACUCCAGAAGAAGUUCCUGGAUGAUGCCAAACAUUUUUAUGAGACGGACGUUCUUCCAACUAACUUCAAGAAUCCUGCAGUAGCUGAAAGUCAAAUCAAUAGCUAUAUAGAAAACAAAACCAAUGGGAAAAUAGUUGAUGCUGUCAAGGGUCUUAACCCAGAUGCUCUAAUGGUUAUGGUGAACUAUAUUUACAUGAGAGCCAAUUGGGAAAAACCUUUCAAUUCUCUGAGUACAAGAGAAGGAGACUUCCAUGUGGAUGAGCAAACCACGGUGAAAGUCCCUAUGAUGAACAAAGACAGCUGGUUUGCGUUUUACCAUGAUAAGAUCCUGUCCUGCAAGGUUGUGAAGCUCCCUUACAAGGGCGACGUUUCAGCAUUAUUUAUUCUUCCUGACCAAGGAAAAAUGAAGCUGUUGGAAAAUGCUCUUAGCAAAGAAGUUUUGUUAAAAUGGAUGAAUUCAACAAAAUCACAGAGAAUAGAUCUAUCCCUUCCAAAGUUUACAAUCUCUGGCAACUAUGCUAUCAAAGGGAUGUUAAGAAGAAUGAAUAUUACAGAGGUAUUCACAGAUCAAGCAGACCUCUCUGGAAUAACUGGGAAGCCAGAGCUGAAGAUUUCCAAGGCUAUUCACAAAGCUUAUUUAAAUGUCCACGAGAAUGGCAUUGAAGCUGCAGCUACUACUGCCAUUGAAAUGGUUCCUUCCUCCCUUCCUCCUGUACUUAGAUUCAACCGCCCCUUUCUGAUGCUGACUAUCGACGAGGAAACUGGCACCGUCCUUAUCAUGGGAAAAGUCAUGAAUCCUACUGAGGCAUGAUUGCUCAACUUGUGUUGCAGCACAGAAAACAUGGGGUUGCCAAAAUGAAGCAUGAUUGAUAAGAUGAUUUUAGGUAUCAGAGUGAUUACUGUCACAUGUUCCCAAACCGAACAAAUAAAACACUGAUUGAGUGGUCUGCAAAA